AUGCUGCUCGCGAGCGCGGACCGAACGAUUUUCGCCGCCGCGGCGCUGAGCCUGAAGGCGGAGCUGGGCAUGUCCAUGAAGGAUUUGGCGCUCGCGCAGAGCGCGUUUCUGUGGGGAUACGGCGUCACGCAGCUCGCGGCGGGCGCGUCGAGCGAUCGAUUCGGUGGCGCGAAGGUGUUGCUCGGUGGGCUGUGCGUGUGGUCGAUCGCGGUGGCGGUGACGCCGCUGAGCUCGAUGACGACGGCGCCGGUGCUCGCAGUCGUGGCGGCGCGAUUUUUGUUCGGCGCGGCGAGCGGAUGCGCGCUACCGGCGUCCGCAGCGGCGGUUGCGGCGCACGUGCCGGCGGAGCGACGGUCGGGCGCGUUGUCAACGAUAUUUGCGCUGUUUAACAUUGGUUCGGCGUUCGGGCUCGCGGCGGCUGGAAGUUUGAUCACGCAGUUUGGGUGGCGAGCGAUUUUCUACGGCUUCGGCGCGUUUGGCGCGGCGUGGGCCGUCGCCGCCUACGCCGCAAUGCCGCAGAGCGUGAAAACUUUCGUCCCUAGGGUACCGAAGGUGAGCGAGUUGAAGGAUGAAAACGGCGAGCAAAUGACCGAGUUGUCGUCCGAAGUUGCGACGCAGCUCGUUGCGCUGUUGUGGUGUCACGUCGUCGUGAACUGGGGGUUCAUGAUUUUACAGUCAUGGCUGCCGGUGUAUCUCGCGAACGACUUGGGAAUGUCCAUCGCGAGCUCUGGGAUCCUCGGCGCUUUACCGUGGGUAUUCACCGCGUUCAUGUCAUUUAGCUCGGGACAGGUGGCGGAUAAGUUGAUUAGUCGAGGGAUGGAGCGAUGGAAAGUGCGUCGAUUGGCGAUGAACGUCGCCACCAUCGGUCCCGCCCUGGGAUUAUUCGCGUUGAAGUACACCACCACCGCGAGCGUCGCGUUGGCGUGCAUCGUCGCCACGCUCGGUCUUCAAGCCGUCGCGGUUGCGGGGUAUCACAGUUACCUUCAGGACGUCGCUCCGUCUCGCGCGGGCGCUAUUCUCGGUUUCACAAACACGGUCGGCGUCGUCGGUUCAAUCGUCGCCAACAUGGUGACUGGCGCGAGCGUCGAGGCGACGGGGUCGUUUCAAGCGACAUUUUUGUACACCGCGGCGAUGUACGCGAGCUCUUGCUUUGUUUGGAAUGCAUUCUUGAAGGGUGAGCAGUUGUUUCCGUAA